UGCUCAAGUAACCUAGCAUAACAGAGUUAGCUUAGCAUAGUUAGUGUUUAAAGCCGCUGGUUGUUGAGCUUGUGUUUCUGCAGUAUAUGAGGCGUUCAGGUCCGGACACCUGGACAUAAUAAAGACAUAAAGUGGCCACUUGUGGUGUUUUUUUAUUCCAACACGAUAACAAAACGCUUCGAUGUAGAUGAAGAGAGAGAGAGAGCGAGAGAGACAGGUGUGAAGAUGCUGUUGCCCAUAGCGAUGCUGAUGCUCACACUCACUCAGAUCUUCAUCAUCACCUUCAUCAGCCUGCUGCCUGUGGAGGCCGACAUCGCAGCAUACUCGGCUGAUAAUCAAACAGAGACAUUUGACGAUGCUCCUGCUCGGUUUGGAUACAGAUUGCCCAACCAGGGCCUGAAGGGUUUCCUGAUUGGUGCACGGCCUGAGAAUGGAUGUGUGCCAAUUGAUCCUCCACCAAUCAAAGAUAACUCCAGCAGCAGCAGCAGCUUCAUCGUCCUCAUCAAACGAUACCACUGCAAUUUUGACAUCAAGGUCCUGAAUGCUCAGAGAGCAGGUUACAUUGCUGCCAUUGUUCACAAUGUAGAUUCAGAGGAGCUCGUCAACAUGGGAUCUGAUGACUUGGAAGUGGUGAAGCAGAUCAACAUCCCGUCUGUGUUUGUCGGAGAAAAGGUUUCUAAGUCUUUAAUGGAGGAGUACAGCUAUGAGCGAGGAGGUUAUGUAAUCCUGAUGCCUGAUUUCAGUUUGCCGUUGGAAUAUUACUUGAUCCCGUUCCUCAUCAUCGUGGGAAUCUGUCUUAUUCUCAUUGUGGUCUUUAUGAUCACAAAGUUUGUUCAGGACCGACGCCGAUCCCGACGGAGCCGACUGCGCAAGGACCAACUGAAGAAACUCCCCAUCCACAAGUACAAAAAAGGUGAUGUCUAUGACGUUUGUGCAAUCUGUCUGGAUGAGUAUGAGGAGGGGGAGAAGCUGCGCGUGCUGCCCUGUUCACAUGCAUAUCACUGCAAGUGUGUGGACCCGUGGCUAACGAAGACGAAGAGGACGUGCCCGGUAUGUAAGCAGAAGGUGGUUCUGGCCGGUUCGGAAUCCGACUCGGACUCGGACAGCGGGGGAGACGAGAGUGAUGAGGUUUCUGAAAGCACGCCACUGCUGCGUCCACAACCUCCCGCCCGAAUCCGCACCCCAUCUCUUGCCAGCACACACUCCGCCUCCACCAGCCACCCUGACUGCUCCGACUCCGACUCCGACUCCACCGAGGAAGAGGUUGAAGGUGAGGUGGUCACCGUGGAAACAGUUGUGGUGUUGCAGCAGGAACGACCCGAUGAUGACCUCAUCAAUGCCUAAAGACAAGCCAGUCGGACUGCUAAUCAAUCUGCAGUGACAGUAUAGCUCAUCUACACACACACAUACACUCACAGAGCACGGUUUAUGAUUUUAUCACAAAUGUAGAGUGAUGGUGGUUUGAAUGUCAUCUCUGAGAAAGACACACACUCAGCUUUACAUUUAUCCAAAAUAUGGAUGUAACAGACUUUAUCACUACCUAAAAAUUACGCCUACGUAGGAUCCCUCCUCCCAAACGAAACCUAUUCUAAAGCGCUGAUGAUGAAUGUGACUGUGUAUCGUUUAACUGAGUUUUGGCACACCCGUGUCUUCUGUAGCACCUUUUUAUUAACCUCAUUUCCCUUUAUAGGAGUUUUAAUCUUCUUGAUUUUGUUGUUUGUUUUUUUGCCAAAACUGUAGUAAGUGUUGCUUUUCUGUGUACAGUGAAGCCAAACAUUAAUUUUUUUGAUCAUGCCACAUUUAAAACCAUUUGAUUUAAUUUGUUUUGGACUGAAAUUCUGAUGAAUGCAUGAUCAGCGCUCACACACUCCGCAUUGUUCAGUUGGUCAGUGUGUGUUUUUAGUGUUCUGUCUUUGUGACUGUUACACACUCGCUGCCUUUCCCAGCUUCACUUGUUCACUUUAUUUUUCCGUACAGGCUCUCUCAUAAAGGAGCAUUCGAAAUCCGCAUGUACAUUUAGGUCCCUAAUGCACAAGCCAGAGGUGACUGUGACAAGAAAACUCCCUGAGACGACUUGUAUAUUAUUAUUAUUAUUAUUAUUAUUAUUAUUACUACAUGUCAAAACAUGACCUGAAUGGAGUAGUUCUGUGUAUAUUUGAGGGAACAUCUUAGUAACAAUGGCACCCAAAUAUUCUAACUCGCACACGGUCAACCUAGGCCAAGAAACAACGAACCUUGUAGAAAUUGAUGGUCGUCUAAUGCACCGCCUGUUUAAUGUGAAUUAUUAAAAUAUUUGUUUUGAACAAUAGAAAAUGAUUGAAUUCGGUCUUGGGUCUGAGCCGUUCAGAUAUUAAAUUGAGCUUGUACAUG